UUUGCCCUUUGCGGGAGAUGAGAUUCAGCCUCCACAAACCCACCGAGAGCCGACCAGGGACGGGGGAGGAAACUUUUAGUGAGCACGCUGUGAAAUGUGCUGGAUUUCGGAUUACCUGCGGUUCAUGGCCGGUUCGGUGUAGUCCGGAGUUUGGUGCGGAUUCUCCGGUUGUGCGCCUGCAGCAGAGCGGACCGCGCAGCACCGCGCAGCACCGCGCAGCGCGACUCCAGGCGGCUCUGAAGGAAACCAUAUCUGGUCAAAGUAUUCGUUGCUGUCACCCAGCGGGACCGGCCGGCUAUAAAUAGCGCUGGAGGAGGAAGUUGCUGCUUUCAGACAAGAAACAGUCCGGCACAUAACCGUGGUCUCUCUCUUUCCCAGGAGCGCUACGGCCACUUGGCUGCCUUUGCUGUUAUUUUACCCCUGAGCUGGGGGGUCAUUGAGAUAUAGAUUUUCUUUCUUCAAACUCCCAGGGUCUUGCAGGCUCCUGAUCUCCUUCAUUUGGUCUUUCUCGUUUGGAGGGGUGAUUGAGGUGUGCUGUCCAUCAUGUCGGUGUUGAAGGAGAUGGAGAAGUACAGAGACAUAGACGAGGACGAGCUGCUGAAGAAACUCUCCGAGGAAGAGCUGCAGCGGUUAGAGGAUGAAUUAGAGGAGCUGGAUCCUGACUAUUUCUCUAUUAGCAUUAAGUGCAGUCUGUGGGAGGAAGGGUGGCGUAUUAGUCAUCAUGCUACAAAUGCAUUGUUGCCAGCUGGGAUGCGGCAGAAGGACCAGACCAAGAAAGCUCCGACGGGAUCGUUUCAGAGGGACAACCUGCUGGCCCAUCUGGAGAAACAGGCCAAAGAGCAUCCUGACAAAGAAGACCUGGUGCCCUUUACAGGGGAGAAGAGAGGGAAAGCCUUUGUGCCUAAAAAGAGGGUGGACCCCAUCAUGGAGAAUGUGACUCUGGAGCCGGAGCUAGAAGAAGCCCUGGCUAGUGCUUCUGAUGCUGAACUCUGUGACAUCGCAGCCAUCCUCGGUAUGCACACCCUGAUGAGUAACCAGCAGUACUAUGAAGCCCUGGCCAGCAGCAACAUAGUCAACAAGCAAGGCCUCAACAGUGUGAUCCAGUGCACCCAGUAUAAACCAGUCCCCGAUGAAGAGCCCAACUCCACUGACGUAGAAGAGACCCUGUUGAGAGUGAAGAGCAACGACCCUGACCUGGUGGAGGUCAACCUCAACAACAUCAAAAACAUCCCCAUCAAGACUCUGAAGGCGUACGCCGACGCUCUGAUGAAGAACACGGUGGUGGAGAGGUUUAGUAUCGUAGGAACCAGGAGCAACGACCCCGUAGCGUUUGCGCUGGCAGAGAUGUUGAAGGUGAACACGACGCUGAAGAGCCUGAACGUCGAGUCCAACUUCAUCACAGGGACCGGUAUCCUGUUCCUUAUAGAGUCACUGCAGUUUAACACCAUACUACAGGAGCUCAAGAUAGACAAUCAGAGCCAGCCGCUAGGCAACAAGGUGGAGAUGGAGAUAGCCAGCAUGCUGGAGAAAAACACCACGCUGUUGAGGUUUGGAUAUCAUUUCACCCAGCAGGGGCCGCGCCUCCGGGGCUCCAACGCCAUGAUGAACAACAACGACCUGGCUCGAGUCAUCAGGUCAGAGCAUGACGGCUCCUUCACCCUCACUCUGUCUGUCCCCGAGCUGGAGAGGGCCUUCGGGAAAAAGUUCAAGUCCAAGACUAAUAAGAAAGAGAAGGCUUGAGGGAGGACCCAUCUACCCUAAGUGUCGGACGAAUGUGUAGAAACCAGGGCUACCCUCAAUCUUCCAUUGACCCCUACCAUCUUUCCAAAACCCCGUCCUGUAACCGUCUCCAGCGUCACACACCCUCCGACGAAGUAUUCAGGAGACUAUACGCCCACUACAUCAGGUUCUCUCUGAACUCUUUCUACUUUCCAGACUCUUAUUUUUUAGUAGAUAUUAAAGGAUCCAUCGAUCAGCAGUGUCUUUCUGAGCUCUCAGUGCAUGUUAUUUUUGUGCUCUGAAGUUUGAAUUUUGACCUCCAGGCGUGGACAUGUGCUGUCGCUCUUUGUAAGAACCAUGAAUCCAUUAAUAUCUCCUCAAGGGUCUAGAGUCCUUAACAAAAGGGGGGCUGGAGGUCUGGGAUUGAACGAGGGCCCGUUGAAAAGGUGACAGGACACUUUUAGAAACCCCUGUUUCUAUUGAUGAGUUGAAUGAAUUCUAAUUAUUCUAAUUAUUAUGCUGUAAAUGAGUUGUGCUGUCAUUACUGUUGUUCCCUAAAGCUUCUGAUGUUGCUUCAAGGUGACGUACAAGGUAUUUUUCUACCAGUUAUACAUUAAAGCCAAUGUGCCAUUUGAAUUUGAUAGAAAGAAAAAAAAGAAAUACCGUGAUAUUAGAUUUCAACCCGAUCAUGAAAAUCUGAUUCUUAUUCGGUCUAAACGGUAUUUUAGUGACUCUACAGCUCUACAGAUUCUUCAGUAAUGGACAGAUAGAUUUAUAAACCUGGCUACUGUGAGGUUUCGUUGCUAUAUACAGAAUAUAUAUUUAUUUGUGACGGACCUGGGAACGAGUCAGAAGACAUUCAAAUACUAAAUAUCUCGGAUUGAUUGUGCUGGAUAGUGUAAAAACUUGUGUAAAAAUGUUUCCGUAAAUGAAAACUCUAAUUACACUUAUUAUAUUACCCAGCAUUUAUAUUAGAAGUCCCUGCAGAGCAAUGAUUUAUUUACCGACAUUAGAUAUUCUAUGAACCCCACUGUAAAAUAUCCCACGUUGUUAUAGAGAAUUUACCGUCUACAAUCGACGUGUAAAUCAGACUAUAAUAACCCAAAGUAUCUGAAUGGACUUCUGUUACACUUUCAACCAGGUCGGAUUUGUUGAUUGUUUUGUGUUUUAUUUUUAUUUACUGGAGCUCAAACGUGUGGUUUUAAUACGAAACGGUCGGUACUGUUUAUUACAGGUUUGGAUUAUUUCAGUAACGGAUGGUAGACACAGACACAGGAAACCUCUAAUGUCUUUAAAGCUGUCAGAUUACACAAAUCCAUCCAUUUUUAUUUAAAUAAAACAGUCUAUUUGCAGUUU